AUGCCCGAAUUUACUGAAUCCGCUCACGUUCUUGUGUGGAAUGAACAGACACUUCAACACGCAUGUCAUGAUAUCUUUGCCGAGCAAGUACGUUGCGUUGCUCGCGCUGCUCGUCUGUCUCCAAAGAUCGACACAAUGGCGACUACAGCCAAGCCACGCUCUGAGAUGACUUUAGAUGAAUUGUCUAAAAUAGAAGAAGAGGAAUUUAGUACUGGUCCACUCUCAGUUCUUACACAGUCGGUGAAAAACAAUACACAAGUGCUGAUAAAUUGUCGUAAUAAUAAAAAACUCUUAGGACGCGUAAAAGCGUUCGACCGGCAUUGUAACAUGGUGUUAGAAAACGUUAAAGAAAUGUGGACGGAGGUUCCUCGAACUGGUAAAGGAAAAAAGGGUAAAGCAGUGAAUAAAGAUAAAUUUAUCUCCAAAAUGUUCCUUCGUGGUGAUUCCGUACUUCCUCACCUUGUUAUUCAACAACAAAGAAGACCUCGGCAACUCCUAGCUCUUGUUCCGAAGCCGGGAGCAAAAUCGGAUGUGGACGAAAGUGAAUCAUCUGAUGAUGAAUUUCAGUACUACACCCGCCCAACGCACUCCGACAGCAGUUCACCACCUCCAUCACUGCCAUCUUCAACAGAAAAUCUAAAUCUUCUCUCAGAUGACGAUAUUGAGGUAAAUCAAGUGGUUGCUUCAACAUCUCUGGUACUACAUCAACAGUCAUCAGUGGCAUCACCAUCAAUCAACCCUUGUUCGCCAUCAAUUUUAUCGCUCAAUACAUCAGCAACUGAGACUAGUCCUUGGUGUCCGGUACCGUCACCAUUAUCGCCAUCUAUACUGGCUACUCCCUCACAAGUACCUUCACCAAGAGUUAGUAACUUCAAGUGGCGUAAUCAGUUACCGCCGCCAUCGCCAUUGUUUGCACCUUCUCCUUCAACAGCUACUCGCUCAAAGAGGCCUAGACUAGUCACAGCAAAGCGCAGAGUAAUACCACCAAAAAUGUUAGAACCUAAUUGGAGUCGCUUCAAGUUUACUGGUUGUGCAGAAGUCGAUGAUAUCGCAAUGGAAAUUUUUGAAAGCCUACGGAGGUAUGAAAGAACUGAUAUGAGUGAUAUCAGCAGGCCUGGCAUGAAAUCAACCAAGACUAUACAGAAGCCAACAGCUGAAAGACCGCCAGAUGCCGUUCGCUUAGAUGAACAAAGCCCCGGCUACAUCGAAUGUUUAGAAAAUGUUGAUUUCGCACGCGAAUUUGAUCCAAAUGGUAAGAGCGUUUAA